AUGAUUGGUGUUUUUAACGUGAGGAGGUUCUCCACUGCCAAAAAAAUUAGCCGACUGCUCAUAGCAAAUCGCGGUGAGAUAGCGAUAAGGGUUAUAAAAACAGCGCGACGUAUGGGAAUCGAAACCGUUGCUGUCUACUCAGAUGCCGAUCGAAACUCACUACAUGUGGCAAAGGCAGAUUUUGCUUAUCACAUAGGACCUUCAUCAUCAGUUCAAAGUUAUUUGAACAUCGACCGAAUCAUUGAGGUUGCAAACAAAGCAAAAGUCCAGGCGAUACAUCCUGGUUACGGUUUUUUAAGCGAAAAUGCUACGUUUGCGGAAUGUUGUGCUAAAGCAGGACUUAUAUUCGUUGGGCCUCCUCCAAGAGCAAUUAGAGAUAUGGGUGCCAAAGAUGUCUCAAAACGACUGAUGGCUGAAUCCGGUGUUCCAGUAAUUAGGGGUUACCAUGGAACUGACCAAAGCGAUCAAAAACUCCGUGAAGAAGCCACUUUGAUCGGAUACCCAGUUAUGCUAAAAGCUGUUUAUGGUGGCGGUGGGAAGGGUAUGAGGGUAGUGUUGGAGGAAAGCGAGUUCGCUGAAAAGUUAAGUUCUGCAAGAUCGGAAGCCCACAAAGCUUUUGGGGACUCAUCUAUGAUUGUUGAAAAGUUCAUUGAGAGACCACGGCAUAUUGAAGUUCAAGUAUUCGGAGAUACUCAUGACAAUUACGUGUACAUUUGGGAACGUGACUGUAGCGUUCAGAGGCGUCAUCAGAAGAUCAUUGAAGAGGCACCUGCAUUUGGAAUCAAUGCCGAAACUAGGAGAAAAUUAGGUGAAACUGCAGUUCAAGCUUCUAAAGCGAUUGGAUACGUUGGAGCAGGAACGGUGGAAUUUAUCAUGGAUAAAAAUGGCCAGUUUUACUUCAUGGAAAUGAAUACUCGUCUUCAGGUGGAACACCCUGUUACUGAAGCAAUAAGUGGACUUGAUCUAGUGGAGUGGCAACUGCGCGUUGCAGAGGGAGAAGAACUACCUUUAAAGCAAGAUCAGGUCCAACUCGGUGGUCAUGCUAUAGAAGCUCGAAUCUACGCGGAAGAUACACGGUCUGGUUUUCUGCCGACAGCAGGGAAACUAAUCCAUGUAGCGAUUCCAAAUUCAGUUCGAGUUGACACUGGUGUAAGGCAGGGUGACGAAGUUACUAUCCAUUACGACCCAAUGAUAGCCAAGGUAAUUGCAUGGGGAAGUAACAGAGAAAAAGCAAUUGUAAAAUUGCAAAAAGCAUUGAAUGACACUCACAUUGUUGGUGUACCUACGAACAUAGAGUUUAUGAUAAAAACGUUGGGUAAUCCGGAUUUUCAAAAGGGUGACCUUUACACAGACUUCAUAAAAGAUCAUGAAAAGGAACUUUUUGAGGAGGAAAGGCUUUCUGAAAACGAUUUAUGCGACGCCAUAACUGCUUAUUAUCUUUUGACCAAACCCCUCCACAGCAGACAGCACUACAAAAAGACCGGGAUUUUGUUGUUGCAGCUUUUUGGUGAAAAGCAACUUCAAUUCGCGCUACCAAAAGAGAGUGAGGUGUUCAAAAAUGAAGAAGACGAAAAACUUGAGGCACACUCUCCGAUACCCGGAGUAAUUGAAAGGGUAUUGGUCAGCCAGGGUGAACAGGUAAAGCAGGGCCAAGCACUAAUUGUGAUGAUUGCAAUGAAAAUGGAGUACAUUAUUCGCGCUCCCAGUCAUGCAACGGUUACUGCCUUACACUGUUCAGCCGGUGAUAACGUCAGCAAAGGUUCUACACUAGUGUCAUUUGCAUCAGAAUGA